AUGAAGAUCGGUUUUAUCGGAGGGGGCCGAUUGGCCUUCGCUUUGGCCAAUGGUUUUAUAUCAGCUGGUUUGGCGAAACCCGAUGAAAUCACUGCGAGCGUACAUCCAGCUGAUCUAACAAGUGCUGACGCAUUUAAGAAACUCGGAGCAAUGGCAGUAUUCGAGAACAAGCCCGUAGUAGAGAGAUCAGAAGUGGUUAUUGUCUCCGUGAAACCAGAUGUUGUUAUACCAGCCCUAAGGGAGGUGAAAAACCUAGAAAGUUCCAGAAAUAAGUUGUUUAUCUCAGUAGCAAUGGGUGUUAGCACUAGCGCUAUUGAAAAGGUCUUACCUUCAGAUGCUCGCGUCAUCCGAGUGAUGCCGAACACCCCAGCUCUAGUUCAACAAGGAGCUGCAGCAUUUAGCAGAGGCACUAAAGCCACAGCUGAAGACGCUAAGCUCACAACUGAACUCUUCAGAGCAGUGGGCACGUGUGAUGAAGUGCCGGAGUACCAGAUGGAUGCUGUCACGGCUUUGAGUGGCAGUGGACCCGCAUAUGUCUACAUGCUAAUAGAAUCUCUUGCUGAUGGUGGCGUGCGCUGCGGCUUGCCGCGAGAUCUGGCAUUACGCCUGGCUGCACAGACGACCUUGGGUUCCGCCUCGAUGUUAAAAACAGGCCUUCAUCCUGCUGCUUUAAAGGAUAAUGUUACCAGUCCGGCUGGAUCAACCGCUGAGGGAACGUAUCAUUUAGAAGCAAAUGGUUUUCGGGCUGCCGUCAUAGGCGCAGUAAAAGCAGCGGCGGACAGGUGCAUUCUGCGAGUCUUAUGGCUUCGUGUUGUAUCUAAAUAUUUGAAUUUCGUCGGUAAUCAAGGCAAUAAUCAAAACUACUCCGCUCCGCUUCAACUGUAUAAACUGAUGCUAGCUCGGAAGAUAUUCAACGAUAUUCAACAAAAAUCAACAUACCUACAAUGGUUUGAAAUAUAA